AUGCCGACCGGCCUCACCGCGCGCGAAACCCCCGUCGCGAUCCGCGUCACGCACGUCCUGCUCGUCAUGGCGUGGAACUGCGUCGCGCGGCACCACGACGUCGCGCUCGAAUUUCACACGUUGAAGCCGCCGCCGAGACGCGCGCCGAAGAGCGCGCGCGACGACGCCCACAGACUGAAGUGCAUCGCUUCCGCGUGGGUGCACGCCGCGGAGGAGCUGCUCGGCGGCGCGGACGCGCGGGAGAUGUUGAAGGCGCGCGCGAUCGAACUCGGCGUGUACGACGACCCGGAAGGGGAAGCCUCGAACGCGACCGCCGCCGCCGCCGCGGGCGCGGGCGCCGCCGCCGCGGGCGCGGAGAUCGCGGACGAGGUCAUGACGUACGUCCGCGACGACGGUUGGAACGCGAACGGUCGCGAGAACGGCCGCGCGCACAACCUCCGACCGUACGCGGACUUCACCGGGUACGUCCCCGCGCCGCACAAAGAGGACGGCCUCCCGAGCGAGACGAACCCGCGGCGGUGGGUCCCGCUGCCGGAGACGAACGGUCUCGGCUAUUUCAGGCGCGUUCAUAUUUACACUGGUCCCCAUACGACCGCGUCGGCGUGUUUUCAAACGCACGUCACGCCUCACAUCGGCUUCAAAGCGCGGACGUACCUCCUGUCCGAGGACGAUCUGCGCGACCCGACGCGCGAGACGACGACGCCCGAGUACGACCUGAGAGCCGAGGCGCGCGACGUCGUCGAGCGGACGCGGACGUCGCUGAACGACACCGAGAAGAUGCUGGUCGAACUCGCGGACAACAAGUUCGCGUUGUCUCAGGCGCGUUUUGAUUCACACUGGUCCCCAUACGACCGCGUCCGCGUGGUGAACGCCCCGUUCGCGUACCGCAACGGGUGGACGCUCGUCGAGGGCGUCUUCUUCGAGCUCGCGAGCAACACCGGGAUCGUGGACGCGCUCGUCGUGAGCUGGAGGGAGAAGGUGAAGAACGACCACGUGCGGCCGACGAGCGUGGUGCACGGUCUUCUCGGCGACGAGACGUUGCUCGCGUGGGCCGGGCCCGGAUCCGACGAGACCGAGACGUCGAUGAAAGGUCGAGACUGGCAGCCGUACAUUCGAGUGAUGCCGCACAGCGAGCACCCGUCCGGGAGCUCGUGCAUAUGCUCCGUGAUCUUCGACGUCGCGCGCCUCGUCGCCGGGACGGACGAGUACGUCACCGUCGUGGACUUCAAGCGAGGGUCGUCGACGGCGGAGCCCGGGAAGACGCCGAGGGAGGACGUUCGGUGGACCGCGAACACGAUCAGGUGCGUUUUUCACCCACCCCUCGGUUUCAACAUUGUAUCGCGUCCCCUUUCAACUGACCGAUGA